UUUUCCUUUUCCUAAACCAUCUUUUCCUCAGCUCAACUCUCAAUUCUCUCUCUCUCUCUUCUUCCUGAAAAAUGAGGCCGUCAAUGUUCAGAUCCGUACAAUCUGCCAUAGCUAGAAGCAACGCAAGCUCCUCUGCUCGCAUCCCAUGCCGUAAUUACUCAGUCGACUCCGGUCCGGAGCGCAAGGUCGCCGUCCUCGGUGCCGCCGGCGGGAUCGGGCAGCCCCUGGCUUUGCUAAUGAAGAUGAACCCCCUCGUCUCCAAGCUCGCCCUCUACGAUAUUGCCGGUACCCCAGGUGUUGCCGCUGAUGUCAGCCACAUCAACACCAGAUCCGAGGUGGCUGGGUACGCGGGUGAAGAUCAGCUGGGUAAAGCUUUGGAGGGAUCAGAUGUUGUUAUCAUCCCGGCCGGUGUCCCCAGAAAGCCUGGUAUGACCCGGGACGAUCUCUUCAAUAUUAAUGCAGGCAUCGUCAAAUCUCUCUGCACUGCCAUAGCAAAGUACUGCCCUAACGCUCUAGUUAACAUGAUAAGCAACCCUGUGAACUCAACGGUUCCUAUUGCUGCUGAGGUUUUCAAGAAAGCAGGAACAUAUGAUGAGAAGAGGUUGUUUGGUGUGACUACCCUUGAUGUGGUUAGGGCUAAGACAUUCUAUGCUGGAAAGGCAAACCUGAAUGUCGCAGAGGUUAAUGUUCCAGUUGUUGGUGGCCAUGCUGGUAUAACCAUUCUCCCACUAUUUUCUCAAGCCACACCCAAAGCAAAUUUUUCCGAUGAAGAUAUCAAGGCUCUUACAAAGAGAACUCAGGAUGGAGGCACAGAAGUUGUGGAAGCAAAGGCUGGAAAGGGAUCUGCAACAUUGUCAAUGGCCUAUGCUGGAGCCUUAUUUGCCGAUGCUUGCCUGAAGGGACUUAAUGGGGUUCCAGAUGUAGUGGAAUGUUCAUAUGUUCAAUCAGCAGUCACUGAGCUUCCUUUCUUUGCUUCUAAGGUGCGGCUUGGAAAGAACGGUGUGGAUGAGGUUCUGGAGCUGGGACCCCUCUCUGACUAUGAAAAAGAAAACUUAAAAGCCCUGAAACCUGAACUCGAGGCAUCUAUCGAGAAGGGAAUCAAGUUUGCCAGCCAGAGUUAGAUGAGUAAUAUUAUAUGGCUGGCGUGGUCUCUCUGCCCACUCUUGAGAGAGACACCUAAAUUUUGCCCUUUCAUUUCGUUACCAAUGUUGUAUUUGUUGCUCCAAGUGGCACCGGCCUUGCUUUUAUGCCAGGCAUUUUAUAAAGCAAAGAUUCCGCAAUAAUUCCCAGUGGCAUGUUAAGGGAGAGAUAGCUUUGAACUUUAUACGAUUAGUUGGGCGUGAUUUAUUUCAUCCAAAUUAUUUUAUCAAAUCAUUCUGUAAUUCGCAGUGAUU